GCCAGCCCUACCGAUUCCUUCUUUUUUUUUUUUUUUUUAAAUCCCCGUCCUCUCCUCAUCACCCCCCCCCCCUUUUCAAGGCAAACUUUUGGCAAUAGCGGAGAUAAUCGUUCCGUGCUCCGCUGAAUAUCUCCUCUCAAAUGCCUUCCGAUCGGGGGAGCCAUUAAAUUAAAACAGAAAGAAAGCAAAUUGCCAGAGAGCCGGCAAGGAUUGAAACCGGGAUCCCAAUAAAUAUGCAAAGUGAAGGCUGCUCUGCUAAGCAGAUUUCUUGCAUUGCUUUUCGGGGGUGCUGAGAGUCGUUCGGAGAAUCUCCCUGAUUAUUUUGCUUUGAUUUAUUUUUUUUAAUCGCCUUUUAUUGUCUAUUUUUUUCUUCUUUUGUUUUAUUUUUUUCCUUUGUUUGUUUUUUUGUUUUUGGUUUUUUUUUCUUUAAUUGUAAUUAUAAUCCCCCCUGACGAGAAGGGAACGAGGAGGCAGCGAGGAGAGGGGAUCGGCGCAGGGCGGCGGAGCGGCGAUCUGCAUGCAAGGUGCUUAGGGCUGCCCGCGAGACAUGCAACCGGCAAGCAAGCUCCUCACCCUCUUCUUCCUCAUCCUGAUGGGCACAGAACUCACUCAAGUGUUGCCUACCAACCCAGAGGAAAGCUGGCAGGUCUACAGCUCUGCCCAGGAUAGCGAGGGACGUUGUAUAUGCACAGUGGUGGCACCUCAACAGACGAUGUGCUCGCGUGAUGCCAGGACAAAGCAGCUGAGACAACUAUUAGAAAAGGUGCAAAACAUGUCUCAGUCGAUAGAGGUGUUGGACAGGAGGACCCAGCGAGACCUCCAGUACGUGGAGAAGAUGGAAAACCAGAUGAGAGGACUGGAAUCCAAAUUUAAGCAAGUGGAAGAAAGCCACAAGCAGCACCUGGCAAGGCAGUUUAAGGCAAUAAAAGCGAAAAUGGAGGAACUUAGGCCUUUGAUACCAGUGUUGGAAGAGUACAAAGCCGAUGCAAAAUUGGUAUUGCAGUUUAAAGAGGAGGUCCAGAAUCUGACGUCAGUUCUAAACGAACUCCAGGAAGAGAUUGGCGCCUAUGACUACGAAGAGCUUCAGAACAGAGUGUCAAAUCUUGAAGAAAGGCUUCGUGCAUGCAUGCAAAAAUUAGCUUGUGGCAAGCUGACAGGAAUAAGUGACCCAAUCACAAUUAAAACCUCGGGGUCUCGCUUCGGCUCGUGGAUGACGGACCCUCUCGCUCCAGAGGGAGAGAACAAGGUCUGGUACAUGGACAGCUACCACAACAACCGCUUUGUCCGCGAAUACAAAUCCAUGGCGGAUUUCAUGAAUACCGACAAUUUUACCUCUCACCGUCUCCCUCACCCGUGGUCAGGCACUGGUCAAGUGGUCUACAAUGGCUCUAUCUACUUCAAUAAAUACCAAAGCCACAUAAUUAUCAGGUUUGACUUGAAAACAGAGACUAUUCUCAAGACUCGCAGCCUGGAUUAUGCCGGCUACAACAACAUGUACCACUACGCCUGGGGCGGCCAUUCGGACAUCGACCUCAUGGUGGAUGAGAACGGGCUGUGGGCUGUCUAUGCCACCAACCAGAAUGCGGGCAACAUUGUCAUCAGCAAACUGGAUCCCAACACACUGCAGAGCCUCCAGACCUGGAACACCAGCUACCCAAAACGCAGCGCUGGGGAGGCCUUCAUCAUCUGUGGCACGCUCUAUGUCACCAAUGGCUAUUCGGGAGGCACCAAGGUGCACUAUGCUUACCAGACCAAUGCCUCUACCUAUGAAUACAUCGACAUCCCGUUCCAAAACAAGUACUCGCACAUUUCCAUGUUGGACUACAACCCCAAGGAUCGUGCCCUCUAUGCCUGGAACAACGGGCACCAAAUACUUUACAAUGUCACCCUCUUCCACGUCAUCAGGUCUGAUGAGUUGUAGUCCAUCCUUGUUUAGAAACUGAUUUAGGAAAACAAACACACGAAAAAAAAAAUGUAGAAAAGAAAAAAAAAAAAAAAGGGAGAAACGAAUAUAAAAAAGAAAUGCUAAUAUUGAGGAAACACACUUUAAAUAAGUAAAUAAACAAACAGCUGCCAAAAUUAAGACCAACAUUGUAGAGGAUUAUUCAGCAUAGACCUGACAGAUCAGCAUUACCUCUACAUUUCUAGAAGUCUGGCCCCGUGUUAUGGACUCAUGACUAACCAUGUACUUGCAGCUGGAACUGCACCUGGAGAACCACUUCAGUUUGGGGUUUUGUUUUGUUUCUGUUCCGAUAGCAAACCUAUAGCGCAUACAAAAGAAGUAAGGCAAUGACUGUUGGAAGUUUAUCCUUGGGAGACUCGAUCUCUUCUGUGUGGGGGUUGCAUGGACAUUUUCCGACAUCGCGGGCAGCUGUGAUGGAUGUGUGAUUUGUAUUUCUAAGCAGAAAGCUGACCCGUGAGGAGCUCUCGCUGUCUGAACAAGACCUAUCACAGGUUAGUUUUAUUCGCCUUCCAUUGCAGCUACUGUCUCUCAACUGUGUUCUUGUCACUUAGAUUAACUGUGCUGAGACCCGAAGUAGCUCAUGGAUCUGUGUCUUAGUAACUAUUAAACACGAUGGUUUAAGUAUGUAUUAUGAACAAGUUGUUGUACCCAUAUUGUUUGAACUUAUGUAUUCAGCAAAUAUAUUGUAUAAUGUAUGUCUGUUAUUUACCAGAGGUGGCGAAACUUUGUAUGUCCAGUUUAUGCAAUGAAUGUUGUAAAUGCAAUGAUGUAGUUUGGAUUAAUAAAUGAUGGUUUUGUUUCUAAAAAGAAAAAAAAAAAAAAAAGAAAAAGAACAAAAAAAAAAAAGCUCAGUGUUCACCCUUAUACACAGAUAACCAAUUUCAUGUUGAUAAUGACAAGAAUAUUCUCUUACUGUUAUAAUAUCUACAUAGCAUUAUGGUGGUUGGAAAUAGCUUCUGUGUGGAAAUUCUGUGCCGUCAGAUUCCCAUGGGAAGCCCAGUUUAUGGAAGUGUGAAGGUAAUUACUUCUUUUCUUUCUUUUUUUUUUUUUUAAAGAGGAAAACUUUGUACUAUCCACAGUUAUCUAAGGAACAAUAAAAAUAUUAGGAGACUUC